ACUCAUCCCUAAAACAGCUGAAGCAAGUUCCUAGAAGUUGAAACUCCCAAUUAAAGAAAAAGAAGAGCAAUUCACUCUCAGCAGUCAGAAACCCUAACGUGCAACACCGUCAAGAGAGAAGAAUCACCAAUCGAGCCAAAUGACGAAGGAAUUCGCAGUGCCUCCCGUGGUUUUCACCUCUGGGGGCAACCCCGCCGGGGAAAAUGUCAAUCAGCGCCGCAUACCGACGGCGCCGUUCCAACUCCCGCGCCCCUCUGCGUCGUCGGCCAUCCCCUUCAUGUCAUUCGAUAUCGGCUCUGCCGCUUCGUCCUCCGCAUCAUUCGGUGGUUCCAUCUCCACGUCGGUAUCUACGGGCGGGCCGACAUCAUUCGAAGAGGAAGAACCCCUACUUGACGAGCUCGGCAUUCACCCCGAUCAAAUCUGGCAGAAAGCCAAGUCCAUCAUCAAUCCCUUCCGGAUCAACGCUACCGUCCACCAAGACUCCGAUCUCUCCGGCCCGAUAUUCCUCUAUUUAUCAUUCUGCUUGUUUCAAUUACUCGCUGGAAAGAUCCAAUUUGGCGUGAUUUUGGGAUGGAUUGUGGUUUCAUCUAUCUUUUUGUAUGUGGUUUUUAACAUGUUAGCCGGGAGAAAUGGGAAUCUAGAUCUGCAUACUUGUACGAGUGUGGUUGGAUACUGUAUGCUGCCGUUGGUGGUCUUAUCUUCUCUAUCGCUGUUCCUGCCGCAAGGGGCCGGCGUCGCUAGAUAUGUUCUGGCUGGGGUGUUCGUGUUGUGGGCCACCAGGGCUUGUACUAAUCUGAUGGUGGCGCUGGCUGACGGAGGCGAGGAGCACCGUGGUCUCAUUUCGUACGCCUGUUUCUUGAUUUACACUCUGUUUUCUCUUCUCGUUAUAUUUUAAUUGUAGCUGCCUUUUGUGUACCCCAUUUUUCUGUAGUUGUUAGAGCGUUGCAUGAUGAAUCUGAUGCUGUUAGUAGAGUUCAUUGUGUUGAGUGGUGUAGAAGUUCUUAUGACUGUAAAUGGAUCCAUAUUGAAUUUUUAUAUGGAUAUAGAUCCGACAUGAUUGUCUUACAAUAACUGGGUUACUUUGGUGUUACUUUGUUGCUGCUGUUUUCUGUGGCUUCAACCAAGUGUUCUCAAU